AUGGGCUCCGCCGCUUCCAAGCCCGCAAAGUCGGCCGCUGGUGCAGCUGCCCGCCAAUAUCCCAAGCAAGCCGCACCUCCUCCCCGCACUGCACGCACAGCUCCCAAAGAAGCCAAGACGCCCACGCCUCCAGCACCCAAACCCAAAGCUAGCCCGCCUCCUCCUCCUCCUCGAGCCCCCGCUCCCCCAUCACAAGGCCCAACAUAUCACUCCAAAGAGAAGGCAUCAGGCGUCAAAUCAGACGCGAUUGACAUGGACGGUCGAGACCCCGACUUCGCCGCCUCCCUCCGCUCCAUCGGGCCCGUCGAUCCAUCCCCCACCUUCUCAAACUCAAGUACCUACAAGGGCCCGGCGCAGUCCAUCUUCCCCCAGUCCUCUAACCCGGCCUUGCUAGUCGUGACUGCUCGCCAGCGCCUUACGAAGGCCGCAGACGAAGAGGCUGAGCAGUUUGGUCGCGCUGGUCAUUCUGGCCGAACCUUCUUGGAUGCCUUGACUAUUCAGCAGGUGCUGACCAUGCGCGACAAGCAGAAGCAGCGUCCUCGUGAGAUCGAGCGCUUUUUGGGCCUGAGGAAGGGAAUUUUGGAUCGUCUAGGGAAGGACGAGAUUGUUUCGCGCAUUACUUGA